CGCAAGUCACUAUAAUGAGUCUGGCUUCUCAACCGCUACGCUAGGCGCUCAAUUUCCCUCGGAGCUCGACGACAUGCGGGCGGCCAACCCAUUCCCGCCAGCCAGCCAGGAAAAGGGCCUUGAAGGGUUUUCAUUGUAAUUCAAGCCUGGCACCACAUUGCCCAUUAAACUUCCGAGCGGCAUGAGGGGAAGCCGCGUACGACUCGGGUAAUGUUAGCCAAAAGGGGCCGAGGUCGAAUACCACCACACAGCCGGCUAAACGCUUUCGAACAGGGUAGCAUUGUUUGCUCAUGGGAUACAAGAUGUCGUUGCUUGUAAUGGAGAGAAGGCUUGCACGACGUCGUUUCUUCUAUUGCUGUAAAAGGCACUUGACCCUAUCGAAACUCGAACUGGAAUCGAGUUCUGGGUGACUUGCUAGCUAUUACCACAACGCAACUAUAACAGGAGAACGACAAGUUACCAUGGGCCCGCAACAGACCAACAUAAUGGAUCCUCAACUCCCCACGCACCACAAAGCCAUCGUCUACGACAAGCCCGGUCACAUCAGCACGCGCAUCGACACCGUCGAGACGCCGCGCCCUGGCGUCGGCGAAGUUCUGGUUCACCUGACGCACUCGGGCGUCUGCCACAGCGACCACAGCAUCAUGAUGAAACCGCCGACCCUGGCAGGCCAAGUAGGCGGACAUGAGGGUGUUGGCACCAUUGUUGUCCUUGGUGACGAGGCUUCGUGCGGGACUCUCAAGCUAGGCGACCGCGUUGGUAUCAAGUGGGUGGCCGGCGUGUGCGGCACGUGCAUGGCGUGUCUGGCGGGCCGUGACGCUAUUUGUGCCAAUGUCAAGAUCUCGGGGCUGUAUACCCCGGGGACGUUCCAGCAGUACGUGCUGGCGCCGGCGAACUAUGUCACGCCCAUCCCUGACGGGGUGCCGAGCGAGAUGGCGGCGCCGUUGCUUUGUGGAGGGAUUACCGUGUACGCGGCGUUGAGGAAAUCUGGAGCACAGCCUGGGGAGUGUGUUGUGAUUCCCGGAGCAGGCGGCGGACUGGGUCACCUCGCUGUGCAGAUUGCUAGUCGGGGGAUGGGACUCCGCGUCAUUGGCAUCGACACGGGUGACAAGGAAGCACUGGUUCGAUCACUGGGCGCGGAAGCAUUCAUCGACCUCACCAAAUACUCACGCGACAAGGAAGGGUCAGACAAGCUGGUAGCUGACGUGCGGGCAGCAACACCCCGUGUCACGGGGGCCGCAAGCGUCAUCGUGUGCACCGGCUCCAACACUGCCUACGGUCAGUCGAUGAGCUUCUUGGGCUUCGAUGGAUCGGUAGUCUGCGUGGGACUGCCCGAGGGUGAUUCUGUUCCGAUCACCGGGGCGAUUCCGGGUGCCAUGGUGGCCCAGGAACUGCGUAUCGUCGGCAGCGCUGUGGGUAACAGGAAGGAAGCGAUCGAGACGCUCGACAUGGCUGCUCGUGGCGUGGUCAGGACGCAUUUUACGCUUGAGCCAAUGUCAAAGCUGACGGACGUGUUUGAGCGCAUGGAGAGAAUGGAGGUACAGGGCAGGAUUGUGAUUGACUUGAGCAGAGUGGACUGACUCGAGUCAUGAAACGGUCAUGUGUCUUUUUGUAAAAAAAAAAAAAAAGUCGAUAACAC